AUGCUAUUUAGCAACAUUCUUUACAACAUAUCACGCCGGUGUAAAGAGAAGAACAUUGCAUACCUCAUCAAAAAGGGGAAAUUCUUCUCCACAGAAAGGAGAGUUGUGCUGGAGAGACGCAGAGGCAUCAUGGGGGAAAACCCUUCCCCCGGUGAUAAUCCUCAACCGGAAUAUAAAAGCUACAAGGGUCAUAAUUUAAGCAUAAUAUAUGAAAACGAGUUCUUCUUAGUGGUGAAUAAGCCUUAUGACAUAAAAUUGGAGAAGGGGAAGCUGGACGAUGUGUACCCCUCCGUGGAAACGCUUCUUCGGCAGAAGACCAACUUGGAUGUGUUCAGGAUUUGCGGGCAACUAGACUACGCCACGAGCGGGCUCCUAAUCAUCGCCAAAGAUAAACUGAGUUGCAACAUCCUAAACUACAACAUAGAAAGCAAGCGCAUAAGCAAAAUAUACCUAGCCAUAUUGUACGGGCAUUUACCCCUAGGAGUUCUGCAUGUAAACACACCAAUAAGUAAAAUAAAAAAUAAUUUUAAAAUGAAAUUAUGUUAUAACUAUAAUGACUAUUAUGAUACUGGGAAAUAUUGUUACAGUUUAAUUUAUCCUUAUAAACAGUGCUACUUAAAAAAUCAGAAGGUAACGCUAUGUGAGCUUAGGACAAUUACCGGGAGGAGGCAUCAGCUAAGGUUGCAUGCCCUUUGCCUAGGCAGCGGAAUUGUGGGAGAUGAAACAUACUUUGAGGAUAUGAUAAGUAAUAAGUAUAAAAUUGGUUCGACUUCCAACCCGUGUGAGGAACGAAUAGGACUGCUUGCCGAGGAGGAUCAGCAGGAUCGGUUCCUUGACACCCAAGUUGGAAGAAUCACCAAAAUUGAUGCAGAGCGGAUGAUGCUGCAUUGCUGGAUUAUCCUAAAAAAUAAAGCGGACCAAAAGAAAGAGCUUAAAAAAACAGAAGAUAUAAACAUGUUGGAGAAAAAAAUAUUCGAUCAGGAUUACAUCAUCUGCCCAGAUGAAAUAAGUAAAUUUGUUAAUGAAGAAGAAAGGACAUAUGACCAGUGUGUCCUAAAAAAUGAUGACAUAGUAAAUAAUAAUUUUGUCAAUUACAAUGUUAAGAAUAUAAAUAAGAAUAUUAAAAAUAUUGAUAGAAGAUUAAACAGAGGGAAACGUGACCCUUUGCUGAGGAACUCUGAUGGAGUGGAAAAUUCAAACAAAUUGGAAGACUCGCAUUUGUUGAACAGGGAAGAGGCAGAUAAAAAUGGAAAGGGAGAAAAUAACUCACAGGGGAAGGGACCUAGUGACAAGGAGCAGAUACAUCAGACAGAUAGUGUUAUACCUACAGAGGAGCAGACCGAUCAACAGUUACACCCAAACAAUGUACAAACAGUUGAUGUAACGGAAAAAUUUAUAAAUGCCCAAGAGGUUGAUAAAAAUGCUAUUUAUUUGGUGAAAAAUGACAUGUAUGAAGAUCCAAACCUUUUGUUCGACGACAUUCAUGACAGUGUUAAUAAAUUUAAUUGGGGUUAA